AUGGUUGCUAAGUAAUAUGUUUCUGAUGUGUUUACAAUGUUUACAUAGGGCUCGGGAAUAUCUCUUGGAACUAUAAUAUUUUCAUGACCAAUUUAAAACAGGGACUAUAAAGAUUAUUCCCUAAACUUCAAUUUUCAGUCUGAUAUGAAGAAAACGGUAGAAGUUUUUUACGAGUGUAACUUUCAAACCCUUUCAAGCCUUCAGGCAAAGUGUCAGAUAUAACAGCUGAUCAUAUAACAUGAUAUUUUCAUAUAUGUGUCAAACUUGUUUACAUUUUGACAACUGAAAUUAUAUUGAAUAUAUAUUCUUCAAAUUACAUAUAUUAUUUAUUGCUUAUAUAAAACAGUUUAUACAAAAAAGAAAUAUGUAUUUCCGGAAUUCCAUUUGCCUUUAAUUAUGGAAGAAAUCAACUGUUUAGGUGUUACUUUCUUGAGAGGUUUUGAUUCUGCUAAUUUAGCCAAAGUAGAAGCAGUUUCUCAAGAUGCAUCAGUAUUCAUCAAUUCUGGGAGUCAUACCAGUACAAGUACCAGAACUAUACCAGAAAUUCCUGACUGUGAAUUCAAUAUAUGGACUAAGCCUGAUUGUGGUGGCACUGAAUUUGAGAAUGGCAACAGAACAUGGUUUUACUUCGGACUGAGAGCAAAUGCAUCUUCCCUACUGGUGAAGUUGAAUAUAGUCAAUCUAAACAAGCAAGCGAAAAUGUACAGUCAAGGAAUGUGCCCAGUAUAUAAAGUAGUACCUUCUAGGACUGGGUGGGACAGGAUACGAGAUAAACCAACAUACAGCAAUGAAGAUGAUAUAUUCACCCUCAGUUUUAAGUAUCGUACCCCAGAAAAUCCUCAAGCAAUUACCUAUUUUGCUUUCACAUAUCCAUUUUCUUACAAUGACAUACAAAAAAUGUUGGGUAACAUUGACGUGAAAUUUGCUAGCAUGCCUCUUGUUGAUAAUGAUGAUAUUUAUUAUGUGAGAGAAUGUGUAUGUCUUUCACUUGACAAGAGAAGGGUUGAUUUAUUGACUAUAACAUCCAAAUAUGGAAUGUCUAACGUAAGAGAGACCCUGCUCAAUAAUUUGUUCAUGGACGAAAAUGUUUUGAGACCUUUCAGGUUUCCUAACAAAAAAGUAAUUUUUAUAUCUGCCAGAGUACAUCCAGGGGAAACCCCUUCAAGUUUCGUUUUUAACGGUUUCUUACAUUUGUUGCUUAACAGAGAAGAUCCUAUUGCCAUAGCCCUUCGCAGAAUGUAUGUUUUCAAAUUGAUCCCAUGUUUGAAUCCCGAUGGUGUUGCUAGAGGACAUUAUCGAACAGAUUCUAGAGGCGUAAACCUCAACAGAUUAUACCUAAAUCCCUCUUUGAAUCUUCAUCCACCAAUAUUUGCUGCCAGAGCCCUAAUAAGGUAUUAUCAUUAUGGAUAUGAUAAAGCGGAUGUGAUAACUGUCUGUCCAGUUUGUGCCGAAGCAUCACAAGGUGCACUGAGUGUCUCUGACAAAGAAGGUAAUCAAUGUGGAAAUGUCAUAAGUUCAAAAGUUUCCCAUAUGAGUUUGGAAGAAGAUAAUGGAGGCUCGAUGAAUUUGAAGUUUGACAGAAUAUGUACAAUAUGCGGAGCACCAUUGAAUUAUUCGUCUAGCAAUGAAAGUAUUGAAAAAAUCAACGGAAAAGGCGACGUAAAUACCACAGACUCUGGCCUCUUUCUUUACAUGGAUUUACAUGGUCACGCCUCCAAAAAGGGCAUAUUCAUUUAUGGAAACCAUUUCGACACACCGGAGCAGAAUGUCGAGUGCAUGCUGUUGGCUAAGCUGAUGUCCAUUAACAAUCACAACUUCCACUUCACGGCUUGCAAUUUCAGCGAAAGGAACAUGUUCAUCAAGGAUAAACGUGAUGGACUAAGUAGAGCAGGGUCGGGAAGAGUGGCAAUAUCAACUUUAACUGGACUCAUCAAGAGUUACACUUUGGAAUGUAACUAUAACACUGGCAGAAUAGUGAAUGUCUUACCUCCUACAAUCAAAGAGAGGCAACAGAAAGGUUAUGCGCUUCCAGUACCACCAAAAUAUUCACCAACUAUAUUUGAAGAAGUAGGACGUUCUCUGGGUGCAUCGAUCCUAGAUCUCACAGGCAGCAACCCCCUAACUCGACUGCCCCAUUCUGAAUUCCAUACCCUGGGGGGUGUUAUGGAGUGGUUACGCUCAAAUUGCAUCCAAGAUUUUGGCGAAUCGAAUCAAAACAACUCAAGGUCCAAAACAAAAACUAGCUUAUCUCAGGUAGGAAAAAGACGCCAAAGAGUCAAAUCCUCAUCAGAAAAUACAAGCUUCAAUAAAAACUUGACUAAAAACAGACCAACAUCUGUGCCGAUAGAUAAAAAAGAAAAUAUCAUUUUUGAGAAUGAAACUUUUAAGGCGAAUUCUUCGGGAAAAGUUUCGAGAAGAAAAUCCAGCAUGAAAAUGCAUAAAACCAUACUGAAAAAAAAUAAGACAAAACUUACUCUCUCUUUGAAGUGUAAGAAUUCGAAUACAGAGAAAGGUAAAUCAAAAAGUCUGUCGCCAGUUUCAGUAGCUGGUAGACAAAUGGAGAUUACUACAAAGUUUGGAACAUCUGAAGAAAAUCAACUUUUGUCAGAGACGAAAAAAAUUGAAGUAGAUCCCAGCAAAUUUCAGCCAGGAAAGUCUUUUGUUGAAAAGACUCUCUUUUCAUGGAAUGUCACUGCAAGUUCGUCAUUAAAUGAUCCACUGUUUAAAGAUAAAGAAAAGUCCUUGAAUUAUUUGAAGAGUACAUCCGAGCCUGGGUCGAGUUCUCAAAGUGGUUUUCGAGCAAACAAUUUUUCCAAAAACUCAUUUUUCAAUAAAAGCAAAAAACUGGCACUGAGGAGAAUUGGCGGAACCGGUGAAAAUUCAGUCAAAGCAGAUAAGCUGAAGAAAAAGAAGAGAAUUGUGAAAAAACAUUAACUGAAUUUUUUUAGUAAUAUGAUUUGUGAUUUCUGAUAGCUUUAAAAAUUGAGGGCUGCACAUGUUUUUCUAAUUCAUUGUACAGGUUGAAUUAUCUAGUUCUUAUUUGAUUUUUUUAUAGACAGAGAACUUUAUUUGGCUUUAAUUUCGAAUAAAACUUCACAUAACUACA